AGCGUGGCACAUGCUAGCAUCCGACUUGCGCGUUUUGAUACAUGAUCCUCUUGCCUAGACCAGCGUGCCAUGCCACGGCACAACAUAGCCUUCGCAAUAUCAUGGCAUUCGCAUUCGCAUUCGUCUGAUCUGAUUCAUCAAAGUCGCUACAUGGUCCCUCCGAGGGGAGCGACACCAUACUACUUGGGACGUUCGUGUGCUGUUCCUCAAGUUCGGUCUCUAAGAGCGCAGCUCGGGCAUGUGGAGAACUCCAUCAACUUAUCCGACAUCAAGCAAGUUUUGGGGGGCCCAGGGGGCACGUCUUGAAAAGUCACGACGACGGAAGUCCACCCCCCUGCGACGAGAGCCGCUUGACGCGGGAGCUUUGCGAGAAGACCCAGGAGCGGUUCCGUUCCUGGUUGCACGGCGGCCUUGCAGGUCGCAGGUUACGAGCCGUCCGAAUAUUGCCACUGAGGCUCCAGUGCCACUCGCGUGCCAGGCCCGACGCUGUUCUGCCCGUUCUCACAGGGAUGAUUCACGCCAGCGGCGGCAGCUUUGGCAGCGGCGGCGUGGGCACGGGCUAUCGCGGCGCGUAUGGCGCCGACGCGGGCUGCUGUGGCAGUGGCGCAGGUUACGGCGGCGCGUACGGCGGCGACGCGGGCUGCUGCGGCGGUUCGGCUGAUUACGGCUACGGCGGCGUUGGUGGCUUCGGCCUUGCGGGUGGCUGCCCACCCCAGACCCAAACCUACGUGGGGCCAGCUGGCGACUACGUGCAGGAGACAACGUACAGGUAUGUUGGCAUGGGGGCGAGCGGCCCGGAGGUACGGUCGGAGACGGUCAUCUCGAGCAUAUUGCCCCUACACCGCCGUGGCCCCAACUGCCUCUGCUUAUGCGUGAUCCCCUUUCUGCUGUCGCUGCUGUUGCUCCCGCUGCUCGGCUGGUUCCUGAUGGGCUCAACCAGCACAACGACGACGACCACUACGGUUCCCAUCACUACCCCACCACCGCUGCUGGCAAUGACGCCUCCGCCUGAUGUUCCCACGACGACCAAGAGAACGACCACCACCCAGGCGCCUCCGCCCCCACCCCCGCCCCCCCCGCCGCCGCCUCCGCCCCCCCCGCCUCCCCCGCCCCCACCGCCACCGCCAGUGACGACCACGGAGAAAAAGGUCGACUGCGCGGAGGGUGACCCGCCGUCUUGGGAGGUGUCCAAGAGGGUCACUUGCUGCUUGCAGGCAGGCAGAGGGUGCCCGACGACGCCGCCGCCGCCCCCGCCACCGCUCCCCCCGCCUAGGCCCGUGGCUCCGCCCCCACCACCUCCGCCGCCGCCUCCGCCAGCUCCUGUGGCGCCCCCACCGCCGCCGCCGGCUUCCGUGGCGCCGCCCCCGCCGCCGCCCGCUCCGGUAGCGCCGUCCGAGCCGUACGACUGUGGCGCCGGCUACUCGAAUUGGGAAGCGGGAUGGUCUGCGGACAAGAAAGGCUGGUGCUGCUCCAACAAGCACGUGGGCUGCGUGGCGCCGCCGUCUAAGCCAUACGACUGCGAGGCUGGGUAUUCGAAUUGGCAGGCGGGAUGGUCCGAAGACAAGAAGACGUGGUGUUGCCGCAACGAGCAAAAGGGAUGCCCGGAGACCGCGUCCGAGCCGUAUGAUUGCAACGCUGGGUACUCGAAUUGGAAAGCUGGCUGGUCCCCGGACAAGAAGGUGUGGUGUUGUUCGAGCAAGUUGAUGGGUUGCCCAGAAGUUUCAUCCAAACCUUUUGAUUGUGACGCAGGGUAUCCAGCUGCCUGCGGCUGGAUGGAGCGAAGACAAGAAGGGGUGGUGUUGCACCAACGAGAAGAAGGGGUGCCGGCGGUGAGCUGGCAUGAGCAUCGAGGAAGAGCAGCAUAAAGUUUCGGGGAUUGCCGAGAAAUAUGUUUAUGCAGUUCAUUAUUCCUCUAAGCAGGUUCUUUGCGCAGUACAGUGUGCAAGCCGUGCGGGAAGCGAACUGUGUCCAUCGUGCCGCCACCUUUUUACGCGCAAAGCGCGAAGGAACGCGCGGGCGAUGUUUUCUGUUGGCACGUAUCCAUUGGAGGACAUUCAGCGAGCACAGGGGGGCAUAGUAGUCCAAGCUUCCCAUGUGGGGCUGGAGCAGAUGGGAUCGUAUGAUUGCGCCGCACCGCAUGUGCAUCGGUGGACCCUCUCUCGAGGCAUGCGCCACCCCUCGGCAGGCAAAGGCACUUCGAGGUAUAGGGGCGUGCCGGAGUCGCGGGAGCGGAACGGGAGCGACAAGCACACGGUGCGGACCGCGCGCUGGCGUUGGGGGCCGCGCAGGACUCGAGUGCUCCAGAACUCGGGUUUGCCGACGCUUUGCAGAUUGUGACGGUCCAGAUUUCGUGGGAUGUGUGCAGCGGGGGUUCGCAUCCAAUUUCAGGUUGUGUCUCAUUAUUUCCAGGAUGGCCUGAUCAGGCCAACCCGAGUCCCCCGAACCCGAGUCUUACGUCUCCCCGAGUAUACAGGAGACCAGAGACCUUCUGAGAAGCCCCGCCGCCGCCGUCUGGCAAGGCCUUCUCCUUCUCACUUCCCCUGUACUGGCUGCUUGCUCACUCCUAUGGCUGGGUCUCUGCACAGAGGAAGGCGGACAAAUCGUGCCCCCCCCGUCCUGGAAACGGAA